UGACAUGGAAAGCACCAUGUACUGACAGAUCCUCAUGUUGGAGCCUCCUCAGGAUCCGGGCAGUGGUUCCCAUGUUUUUGGGCCUCCCAGUCCCAGCGGAUGUUAAUGUGUCACCAGUGAGUCGGCUGCCUGACCUUUGGCUCGGAGAUGUUUCAGCUGUGAGUCGAGUGGAGCAGGAGGGUUAAAGCAGGAGACAAACCCACAGCAGCAGGACGGUCACAUCUUCACAGCAUCCCCAUCCCUCCAGCCGUGAAUUUCCAAACAGACCUCGUUGGAGAUGGAGACAAAUGUGGAACAAACGCCGGCGAGUCCCACCUCGAGCCAAACUCCUGUCAAGACCUGGCUGCCCUCCAGUACAAGAGGAGCCACCAGGACUCUCGGCGACACCACUUCCCGUUUCCACGGUGACGGGGUCCGUUACAAAGCCAAGCUGAUCGGCGUUGACCCGGUACCGAGCGCUGAGGGAGAGAAGAUGUGCUGGGACUCUAUGAUGAAGCUGAAGGGAAUUGAAGUUGCUUCGAGGAAACAGGGCAAACACAAGCAGAGGGUUUGGCUCCAGGUUUCCUCUGCUGGUCUGAAGAUGGUGGAUGAGCGGACAGGGGCUGAAAUUCAAACUCAUGACAGGAGUAAAAUCAGUUCUUUGACUAAAGAUGAAUCGGACCCCAGAGCUCUGGCCUACGUCUACGAACACCAGGAGGACAUCUACUACCUCUACUACAUCAAAACUGCCAACCUGGCUGAUCCAGUGCUGGGCGCCAUCAGGGAGGUUUGUCAGGGUGUACAUGAACAGACUCAGGAACCAGUGGAGGCUCCACCACAGCAGGACAUCGCAUUACUGCCUCUAGAUGAGACUUCUCCACCACCUGGGGGACCACGUCAUGAGGAUGUGUUCAGUCCACGGCCGGCGUCUCCACCAGCACAGUCGAAACCGCUCUCGCCCGCUCAGGAGCUGAUGCAGGUUUUCUCUGUCCAGAUGGAAAAGCCGAUGACUCCAGACCAGAUCCCACAUACCAGUCCACCAGUUUCAGAGGCUCCACUACCGCCCGCUCUGUCCAACUCUCAGAUCCUGUCCAUGUUCGCCCCUCAGCCAGCAGGAAGCCCCCCAUACUCCCCCACCGCCGCCAUGCCCUGGGGACAGCAGGGCAUUCUGGGAGGCCAAUGGGCAGGUCCAGUGGGGGGUCCAGUCGGAGCCCCGUGGCCCUCCGUGCCUGGCAGCGUGGCAGCGUGGCCCCCAGCGACGCCCCCUGCAGGCAGCCCCGGUCAGGUGCCAGGCAUGAGGAGCCCUGCCUCCCCCACUGUCGCCAACGGAUACCAGACACCUUCAGCACCGCUCUACCCCCCCACCAGAGAAACGACACCACAGGCCCCCACCUCACAGCAGGACUUCCUUCUGUGA